AUGGCGCCAUCGAGAUAUGAAGCAUAUAGCGAACCUUUACCAGAUGACUGCACAAGAUUGCUGCAAAUCCGUCGAAACCCAAGCCCAAGUGCCAAAGACGAUGUCGACGUACUCGACUGUACCCUGACUACUCACGAAAUAGCAGACUACCCACCCUAUGAAGCAAUCUCGUAUGCCUGGGACGAACCUCUGGCCGAACAGAUCAAACCACCAUGGCCAGUCGAACCGCAGGGCGAGCCUUUCGACGUCACAGCAAACCUGAGACAUCUCUUAUAUCACUUGGCAGACUCACCCGAAGAACCUGAUUGGGACGAGACCUUACCUCGCUAUUAUUGGAUCGAUGCUCUUUGUAUCAACCAGGAUGACGAUGAAGAACGCACCGCUCAAGUUCGGGCGAUGCAUCGAAUCUAUCGCAAUGCUAGCUAUGUGAUCAUCUGGCUGGGGCCUGAUCCAGAGCAGGAGGCAUAUUACGUACGCGAGAUGCUUAGGGCGCUGCUGCAAAUGUACAGCUCAGUGGACGAAGAGAUGAGCAAGCCAUUCGAGUUUGACUGGGUGCCUUGCGGAUACAAUUUACACGCUGAGGGGCUACCAUUGAUAGGAAGCAGUCAUUGGGAGCCCAUUGUGCGCUUCUGGAGUCGUUCGUGGUUUCGACGCGCAUGGGUUUGGCAGGAAGGUGCAUUGGCGAAGGACUUUGAGUUUUGGGUUGGCGAAGUCGUGUUCGUGGAGUUCGACGUUGUCACAAGUUCCUUGCACUUGAUCAGGAAUGGUCUUGGUUCAGCGCUCGCAGCGCAGCACAUAGGCCCAUCAACCAGAAGACCUCUGUCCUCCGGACUAAAAGUUGGCAUCCAAGCUUCAAAGUUGGCCUGCUUGCAGUAUUUGGCUAAAGGCUUUAAUACACUCGAGGUCGAAACGACCGAGUUCACUUGGGGUGUCGCCGAACGCCUGGUUGGACCUGAUGAGGAUGAAGACACGCAAGAUACGAGUCGUCAGCUUUUGAAAGUGUUUGUAACGAUGAUGUGGACGACCUAUUCGGAUUUUACAAGCGAGCCACGUGAUCAGAUCUUUGCGAAAUUGGUCCUGAUCCGACAAAUCGCGGAGGCAUACCGGGUACCGCCAAUACCAUUGCAAAUCGACUACAGCAGAUCUCUAGUCGAAGUGUAUCUGGAUACUAUGACCUACAUCAUCGAGCAUAGCGGCUGGCUUGGAAUAUUGCUCCUGCUGGCACCAAACCGACCUUACGACAUGGCCUUCCUGGCUCCCAACACAUGGUCACUGGCCUUCUGGGGCGGACUUUCCCUUCCUACACCAAUCGUUGCUACUCCAGAACCAGAUACAAAAGACGGCAAUUCGAGCCAGAACAGCACGUAA